AUGGAGGUGGCCGUGGCGCUCGCCUUGCUCUUCCUCUGCGUCCUGCUGCUGGCCUCUGGCGCCAUCGCCUUCCUCCUCAUCCGCCACUGCCUCGCCGCCCUCCACCGCCGUCGUUCCUCCGCCGACGCCGACCCGACCCGGAGGCGCGAGCACCAGCAGCGCGUUGUCAUCAAGGAGGCGCAGCAGCAGCAGCAGGCGCCGCGGCGGCUGGCGUGGCGGGAGGUGGAGGCGCUGACGGGCGGCUUCGACGAGGCCGCCGUGGUGGGCCGCGGCGGCUCCAGCACCGUGUACCUCGCCAGGCUCCUGGACGGCUCGCCUGUAGCCGUCAAGGUGCAUCGCUGGUGCGGCGGCGAGCGCCGCCUGCGCGCGUUCCGGCAGGAGCUCGACCUGCUCCGCCGCCUCCGACACCCCAACAUCGUCGCGCUCCUCGCCUACUCCGACGACCACGAUAGAUAG